AAGAAAGUGGUUGGGAAGAUGAAAAUUGGGUGAAUGAAGGAACUUUACAAGAUGGGCGGGAAGUUUUAGUAAAUUUAGUUUGGAAGGACAAUGCAGUAUUAAAUAAACGAAAGCGUGGUCCUUAUCUUGCUGGGCCAAUAAAAAAGUCCACAUAUUAUGACAAGUGGGGUCCGAAUGGUACUUUUACUAUUGCUGCAAGCAACACGAAAGAUAUAACCGGAUAUUUUUUUUCUACAAAGGAUUCCAAUAAUAAUAUUUCUUCUCCAGAUACAGCCGACAUAGUUUUAGAAUUUUCAAAUAAUAGAAAUGAAGAGGAUG